UCCCUACCUUUUAAAUGCCACUCUAGCCUCUGCUUGGCUGUCAUUCUCUCUGUCCGUCUGAGGUGGUGAUUCCCAAUUCCAAAGAGCAGAUACAAAGGGCACUUUGAAUCUGAAUUCCUUUUUUUCUUUUAAAAAUUUUUUGGAUCGUUUUGGAUCAUCAUCGAUACAUAAUAAGCAUAUAUAUAUAUACAUAUAGAGCAGAGGACGCCUGUGAACAGGGAAGAGAAUGAGCGGCAAGCCACCCGGAACACGGACACGUGUUGGAAAGUACGAGCUGGGUAAGACCCUGGGAGAGGGCAGCUUUGCAAAGGUCAAGUUCGCCAAGAAUGUCGAAACCGGCGAAUGUGUUGCUCUCAAAAUCCUCGACCGCCAUCAGGUCCUCCGCCACAAAAUGGUCGAACAGAUAAAAAGAGAGAUAUCGACGAUGAAGCUGAUCAAACACCCAAAUGUUGUAAAUCUUUUUGAGGUAAUGGCUAGCAAAACCAAAAUUUACAUUGUUCUGGAGUUAGUGGAUGGAGGCGAGCUCUUUGACAAAAUAGCCAGAAGAGGGAGGCUGAAAGAAGAUGAAGCUAGAAGUUAUUUCCACCAGCUAAUUAAUGCUGUAGAUUACUGCCACAGUAGAGGCGUGUACCAUAGAGAUUUGAAGCCUGAGAAUCUUCUACUAGACUCGCAUGGUUUACUUAAAGUUUCAGACUUUGGAUUGAGUGCAUUUUCACAGCAAUUACGGGGUGAUGGACUACUUCAUACUGCAUGUGGGACCCCAAAUUAUGUUGCUCCUGAGGUGCUCAAUGAUAAGGGUUAUGAUGGCACAGCAUCUGAUGUUUGGUCUUGCGGGGUGAUUCUCUUUGUACUUAUGGCUGGUUACCUGCCUUUUGAUGAGCCAAACCUUAUGGCUUUGUAUAAAAAAAUUUGCAAGGCUGAUUUCUCGUCUCCUCCAUGGUUUUCAUCUGGUGCAAAGAAACUGAUAAAGCGCAUCCUUGACCCAAAUCCUCUUACGCGAAUAUCCAUUUCUGAAAUCUUAGAAGAUGAUUGGUUCAAGAAAGGGUACAAGCCAGCACAUUUUAGAGAGGAUGAGGAUGUAAAUCUUGAUGAUAUAGAUGCAGUUUUCAAUGAUUCCAAGGAACAUCUUGUAACAGAAAGGAAAGAGAAACCUGUAUCGAUGAAUGCUUUUGAGCUUAUUUCCAGGUCACAGGGUUUCAGUCUUGAAAAUCUAUUUGAGAAGCAGAUGGGUGUUGUGAAGCGAGAAACCCGUUUCACUUCUCAGCGUCCUGCAAAUGAAAUUAUGGAUAAAAUUGAGGAAGCUGCAAAGCCAUUAGGCUUUAAUGUUCGGAAGCGAAACUACAAGAUGAAGUUGCAAGGUGAUAAAACGGGAAGGAAGGGUCAUCUAUCAGUAGCUACUGAGGUGUUUGAGGUGGCACCCUCACUCCACUUGGUAGAGCUCCGGAAAACCGGCGGUGAUACACUGGAGUUUCACAAGUUCUACAAGAGCUUCUCAUCGGGUUUAAAAGAUAUUGUGUGGAAAUCUGAAGGAAACACGGAAGGACAAAGGUCAUGAGCAAAAGCUCCUCUUUUGGAAUUCAUUUCUUCGUGGAUUCUUUGUGAAUAUAUUUAGUUCCAUUUUGCAUUUAAUUUUGGGUCCCAUGCAACGUAGAAUUGCAUAGUGUUCCAUGGAUGCUUGGAAGAAGUGGCAGCAUUUGUCAGGUAAUUGGUGCAGUUAGAAGACAAGAAGCUGCAUAUUAGGUGGAAGCCCUCAUAAUUGAGGGGCUGAAGCCAUACUCUCCUCUCUCUGAGUUGCAGUUACGAACCGAAUUAAAAUAUACAUUUUUAAGGGAACGAUUGCGGUUGGUAAAUGCAUAUAGAAAAUUGUAAUGAGAGAAGAGACACUCUCUUAGUAUUCCUUGUCAUUUAUGAAAGAAUUUUUGAUUGUAUUCCUUUCCAUAUGCGGAAUAAGUAUUGAAUUUUUGUCUGUCCAUUUUCAUCACUCUCCGGUAAUGUAUAAAGGUUCAUACGGUAUGUAUGAAUAACAUGACCUUCUGCAACAGUUUUGUUC